AUGUCCUUCGGCUUGUACCUGAUGUAUUAUUACGCAACUUUCAUCGGCAUCGCUGUUGCUGCACUCAUGUAUGUCGGAUGUGAUGGAUUCAUGUUCAAUGUUGCAUUGCAUGUUUGUGGUCAGUUUGAAGUACUGAAUACCAGUGUCGAGGAAUGGAGUGAUGUCAGCAAUUAUCUAGAGCAAAGACAGAUAAUUGGAGAGUACUGCAAGCGACAUGAUCGAUUACUGAGACUCAACAGUCAGACCGCUCAUUUGGUCAAGUCAAUUAUUCUCUGCGAUCUCUUCAGCAAUGCUUUCCUCAUCUGCAUUUCAGGAAUGGCAAUUGUCAUCAAUAUUCGCAUCGGGAAUGCAGAAAAGGAUAUCGUCACCUUAGCAAUCAGGAUAUUUAUCUGCUAUGUCGGAAUAUUUAUGUACAGCUACGUUGGCGAAAUAUUAUACUCCCAAGCUCAGAAAUUACGGAUUUCUAUUUAUAAUUGUCCGUGGUACAACAUGCCCGUCAGUAUUGCUAAAGACAUCAAUUUUAUAAUCAUGCGGAGUAACUCGAUCUGUACACUAACCGCUGGAGGUGUUUAUGUUAUGAACCUGGAAUCCUUCAAAAACAUCACUAAACUUAUAUUCUCGUAUUUUUCCGUUCUCAAACUGAUGUUUGAAUGA